GGCUUCCUCUUUUGGUCCUGCUGUGGGCCCAACACUCCUUACUCAGAGCCUUGGAAGAGGGGACUGCGCACCAUGGCCUCCCGUGCAGCGCCAGUCAGGCAGACAUGCUGCUGUUUCAACGUCCGAGUUGCCACCAUAGCCCUGGCCGUCUACCAUAUAGUCAUGAGUGUCCUGCUGUUCGUUGAGCAUGUGGUGGAGGUGGCCCGCGGUAAAGUCUCCUGCAGGUUCUCCAAGAUGCCGUACCUCAGGAUGGCUGACCUGCUCUCCAGCUUCCUGCUCAUUGGCGUCCUCUUCACCAUCAGCGUCAGCCUGCUGUUCGGCGUGGUCAAGAACCGGGAGAAGUACCUGAUACCCUUUCUGUCCCUUCAAAUCAUGGACUUCCUGCUGUGCCUGCUCACUCUGUUGGGCUCCUACAUCGAAUUGCCAGCGUACCUGAAGCUUGCCCGGCCCCGGCCUGGUCCUUCUAAGGUCCCCUUGAUGACACUGCAGCUGCUGGACUUCUGUUUGAGUGUCCUGACCCUCUGCAGCUCCUACAUGGAAGUGCCCACCUACCUUAACUUCAAGUCCAUGAACCACAUGAAUUACCUCCCAAGCCAGGAGGGCAUACCACACAGCCAGUUCAUCAACAUGAUGAUUGUCUUCUCAGUGGCCUUCAUCACCGUGCUCAUCCUGAAGGUCUACAUGUUCAAGUGUGUGUGGACAUGCUACAGAUUCAUGAAGCACAUGAAUUCGGCCAUGGAGAGCAGCAGCUCCAAGAUGUUCCUCAAGGUGGCUCUGCCGUCCUAUGAGGAAGCCUUGUCUCUGCCCACAAAGACUCCAGAGGGGGACCCUGCACCACCCCCAUACUCAGAAGUGUGAUCCCCACCAGGCUUUCAGCCCUUGGGCUGGAAGAGGCAGAACUUCCUUCUCCUGCUUCUUCACUUUGGUGGUUGCUGUAGCAACUACAGGACAGUCUGCUUGUGCACCCCUCACUGUCCUCUCCUCUGGGGGACCCCCUCACUCACAACUGAGUCACCCUGGGCUAAAUGACCCUUUGUGACUCAGGACUUAGCCUAGCAGCUCUUCCUGUCUCCAUCAGCAAUGGUACUUGUUCAGAGCACAGUCAUGGCAAAUUCGGGUGAGUUUGGUUAACAGCUACUGGCUUGAUCUGUUUAGCCAGGAGGCCAACACCCACAGGGGCAGCAGGAAGAGAAUCUGGCCAAGCAACAGUUCCUGGUGUCAGUCUAUACUCAGCCGUCAGGUUACAGGGUGGGUCAUGAUUGUGGCACCCAUUUGCCACCCCCAGUACCCCAAAAGUGUAAAAAUAAAACAAUUCUUUCAAAUAGUUUGCUUAAA